AACGGAGCGAGUAGCGGAUAAAGCGCUCGGAGCGGAAGGCGCAAAGACCUCAUUCAGACGAAAUAAGAGAGUGACCUCCCCCCCAUAACGGCGGAUCUGACCCCAAGAUAUAUCAUAUAAUAAUGUCCGUAGCGAGCGUCCAGCCGUUCCUGAAGCCCGUGCACGUCGACAUGCGCGUCCCCGUGUCCCCGGGCCGCCAGCGCCGGCACACCCUCCCCGCCAGCGAGUUCCGCUGCCUGAGCCCCGAAGACGCCGUGAGCGUGUUCGAGAUCGAGAGGGAAGCCUUCAUCUCGGUGUCAGGAGAGUGUCCGCUUUACCUGGACGAGGUGCGUCACUUCCUGACCCUGUGCCCCGAGCUGUCCCUCGGCUGGUUCGAGCAGGGACGUCUGGUGGCCUUCAUCAUCGGCUCCCUGUGGGACCAGGACAGGCUCAACAUGGACGCGCUGACCUUGCACAAGCCCCACGGCACGACAGUUCACAUCCACGUUCUGGCGGUGCACCGGACCUUCAGGCAGCAGGGCAAGGGCUCCAUCCUGAUGUGGCGCUACCUGCAGUACCUGCGCUGCCUGCCCUUUGUGCGUCGCGCCGUGCUCAUGUGCGAGGACUUCCUGGUGCCUUUUUAUGAGAAGUCGGGCUUCAAAGUGCAGGGCCCCUCCGAGAUCACAGUGGGACCUCUGACGUUUAUCGAAAUGCAGUAUCCGGUCAGAGGCCACGCUUUCAUGCGCCGCAAUAGUGGCUGCUAGGUUUUUCCCCCCGAGAGCCCAACAUGCACAUUACUCAGGUACUAGACCACUAUGGUUGAUGGGGAAUUUCAAGUUGCUUCCUCUUCUUGUGGGCUACUGUAGUUGUGUGAUUGUUUAGGUUUCAGGCCUUUUGUAUUUUUCAGAAGGUACAUGACCUUCACUUGAGGGGGAAAAAGGUUUUACUCACCACAGUUGCUAAAAGUGAUUUAGUUUUUUUUUUUUUUUUUUUUCCCUUUAGCUUUUUGUAUUUUUUUUAAGUUUACCUUUUAUUUUGUGAUCUUGUUGCAGUGAAGCCUGGGUUUAACUUAAUGCACCAUACAUCCUUGCAUUGACAGGGGAAAAUAUUUAUAAUGGAAC